AAGUUAGGUCGGACAAGUGGUAGCACUCUUCAAGUAAUUUUAAGUGGCAGCAUCGCUACCUAACUAACUAAGCCGUUUCCUGUCUAGUUUAUGCAAAAUCAAAUUUGUUAAGAAUUUCCAUUCUGAGCUGAUCGUCGAUAAUUCUAUUCUCAGUACAGACGAAUGUAAGUAGAAACUAAUCAGUAUAAUCAGACUGUAAACUAGUAACCAAGCAAAAAGAAAAAGUUCUCAAAGAGAUAGCACUUUUAAUAAAAAAGCCUCUCACCACACUAAAAUGUCGUCAAACCUUCAACCAAGUUGUGAAAAAGCUAGUCAAUUACUUAAUUUUAAUAUGGAAAGUAUUUCUCAUGAGUUAAGUUCAUUACUAAUUGGUGGCGAAUUGGAUGGACUUAGUGCAAUUGGAUCUGUUCCAACAACUUCAAGGGGGGUUCAUUCCUCUCUUAGUAUUAAGGAAGCAGAGAUACUGCAAUUAUAUCGUCAAUAUUACUACCAGCUACAGCUGCAACACCAGCAGCAAUAUCAACAGAGUAUGGUGCAAAAACAACAUUUUAAUACUAUGUCCACUUCCUAUGCCGCUGGACCUACUCCAAGUGCAAUCACCACGUCGAAUCUAAAACCUGCAAUGACGCACGGCAUGCAUUUUAAUAUAAAUAAUUGCGGUUGUGCAACACAACAAACAAAGCAAAUACCUUAUGAUCCCCUUUCAAGUCCGUUUAGUGGAGCUAAUGGCGUGCCUCCCAAACUUUCUGCAUCGCCAAAAUUUGAGUUUCACUUCCUACGUUGCCAGUCUUCGAACAAACUGCUUCCCGAUACGAAUAGUGUGCCACUUAUUUCCAGUUGUGCGCGUAGUGGUUGUGAAACCGAACAAUUUUAUGGAUUUGGAAGACGUAAUAACAGUGGUGGUAGCAGCGCUAGUGGCAAUGGACAACGCCGAUUUAUGAAGCACGGCGAGGUUGCAAAGGAAGAAGUAAUUAAUUAUGAAAAUGUUGUGAUUGAUUUGUCUGUGCUCGGUUUAUCGUCGGAUUACAAAGAACAUAAUCCCGUACUCCGAUUGUUUGGUCUCUUUCGUAAAAUGCAUUACUAUUUAAAUGAUGUUUUACCCGCUCUUGGUAGAGUGGAAAAUGAACUACUUAAUGUGGAUAACCCGCAAACAAACAAAGAGGCUAAGUGUUCCAUGCCUUGUACCAUGAAUGUGCAAUAUCAAGUUAGACAAGCGGCACGCAAAUGCACAAUUUUCUUAUGUGACAUGCAACGCAUUUUGAACGCAAAUAAAAUACACAGCCUUGAGUUGUAUUUAGAAUGUGAACAAUCUUUGAAUAUUUUGAGAAAAUUGUUGACACAAUUUGAAGCAUUCAAACGUGUUGAGAUGGAACAUAAGCGCGGACAGUUUAUUACCGAAGAUGCCCGAGUUCAAACACAGCGAUUGGAAGGACUCGUAGAGCAGUUAAGCGAUCAGAUACGCGAAACGCACAUCUAUGUGCAUGCUUUCAAUUGGGCUGUAGAACGUUCUAGGCGCUCAAUGGCAUAUAAUUUGGUGAAAGAAGAGCAAGCGAGUAUCUCAAAUAACAAUAAAUGGCUGACACCAACAGUCUCCAUGUCACAAACUAGUUCUGAGAAUAUCGCAACUGAAACAAAAGGCGUUACUACUAAAAGCGGCAUUGCUGGGCAGUCUUUGCUUUAUGAUGGAAUAUAUGGUUAUGGUAUGGGCGUUGUAACUGUUGUUGAUAAUGACUCCGAUAUUGAUCGACAAUCGACACGCUACAUUGGAUACAAGUAAAAAUGGGACGAUGCUAUAAGAAACGUGAUUUUUUUUUAAACAGGAUAUUACUAAAUAAAUAUAUUUGCCCUGUGUGCGUUAGGAUUGUAUAUAAACUUUGAAAAAUUGUAUUUAAUUAUAAAAUUUAAAUUAGUUUUAAAUUUUUUUAAU